UCCGCUCAUCUCACAGAGCUCGCUGCAGCAUCCGGUUUCCUUUCCAGAACUUGAAACAUGCAGCGUCCCAAAAGUAUUCCAGAUAGCCGUACACCCCAAGCUUGUGAAGUAUGUAGAAAACGAAAGACCAAAUGUGAUGGUGCCCGACCGACGUGUAGAAGCUGCCUAAAACGAAAGUCAAGGUGCACAUGGCCAAAAUCUCUCGUGGCAGGGAACUAUUCUGCCUUAUACUCCCCCGAAUCAAGCUCUGAGCCCGCACCUGUCAGGACUUAUGAAACUCUACAGGUCAAAAAUCCACUUGAGAACAGUUCAGGCAGCUAUAUUCUUUUGAGCCUUGCACAGCUGGAGAGGCUGUUCAAGAUUUUUCUUGACCGCCAUCAUGAUGUAGAACUAUGCUCUUUCCUCCAUAAACCAACUCAAGAUGUUACAGCACUAAGCAGCAAAUCCCAGCUGCUGGUAACUGCCAUAAUCACUCUCUCCGCCUUGUACAUCUCCGACAACGAGGCAAAAGAAGACUUCGGGGUUGAAUCCGCAUCUGCUCUGUCGAAUCACUAUGCCGAAGUUGCUAGAAAUCUAGCACGCAAUUCUUCUGAUGAGCCCUCGGUUUACACCAUCCAGGGGAAUUUGGUUUUGGCUAUUCGAGAACUCGUGACAUGGACAAGCUUCAAGUCAUGGAUGUAUGCUGGCACCGCCAUAAGAAUGGCUCACGCAUUACAGCUUGGUUCCGAGUUCAACCAACGUCACACCAAUCAGCAUAAGGAGAUUCGAAGGAGGACAUUUUGGGCUUGCUUUGUGGUUGAUCGGCUGGUGUCAUAUUCAUGCAACCGAUUCUUUGCUAUUGAUAUGAUGUCAGUUCGCAUCCAGCUUCCCUGUCCCCCAAACACAUUUGCUUUUGGGGAAUCGUAUUCAGGACCAACCCUUGACUCAAUUGUGCUGUACGGCCACCAGCUUUCACAACUCGGAAUCCUUCCCUUUUAUGUCGCAAUGGUGAAGCUUUGGGGAGAUAUGGCAAUGCUAUAUAAAUCUGGUGGUCGAAGGGAAUGGAAAGAGACUCCGACUGAUGUUACAGGUCAAUUUUACCAGAAAGAAAAGGCUGUGGAAUUAUUUGCCGCCACUCUUCCACCGACUUUAAACUGGUCGAUACAAAAUUAUAAGCUACACCAGGUCACCGGGCAAGCCCAGGCUUUCAUCAACCUGAAUUUUCUGCUGCUGCAUUCAAAAUGUGUUAUGCAUCAGGAGUAUCUACCUCAACUAGAUUCUCAAUAUGCGCUCACAUUGGAAAUCGAUCCAGUCACAAAAUUUGACAACGCGGGCCUCUCUCUUGAUCAUAAGGAACCUCACAUCAUCAAUACUUGUAUAGAAAGUGCCCAAGCAAUAACAGCAAUGGCUAUGGAGCUCAAUAAUGGAGACCAACGGGAUCGCGAUUUGCUUCGAUCGACCUUCGCUGCAAACGCCACCAUUACGGCUUCGGCAAUCCAGCUAUGGAUUCUAUAUACCCAGACCUGUAGCAAAUGCCCAAAAGAUGUUGCAAAAGAAAGUGCUGAUCAGUUACUGCAAAUCAUCAAAUCCUGGCAGACUCGCUGGCGCGUCGCGAGUGCAUGGGUGGAGACCCUGGAGAUGCUUUACAAGCUGUACGAUUUCUCAUAUGGAUCGAGCAACCCAUUAGCUGAUAAUAAGUGGCUGCAAAGCGGAAUCAACGAGGAUGGUGAGUGCCCAAUUCUGGAUGAGGACGUGACGGGCGAGUCUGGAGAGUAUCCAUCAGUUUCCGAUGGAGAUGGUAUACCAAACCAAUCAAUAGUUUGUCAAUCUCUAUUCGAUAAAGUGCGAGGUAUAUUACUCAACCCACUCGACCCAACUAAUGUUAAGAAACAAACGUUAAGAGUAUAUUGUAAAACUUUGUGGCAAUAUAUGUGGAGCUAUGAAUCUAUCCUAGGUUUUAAUAAUGAGGUAAUGAUAUUUGGUAACGAAGAGUAA